AUGGAUAUUCCUGCCGCUAGCUGCAGACACAGUGAAAGCUGGGCUACAGUUAACUUAGUUACCGCCACCCUCGCCUUGCCGCCUCCCUUGUGGUUACUGGAAACGCAUUACCUUCGCCGCAAACACAACUCAGACGACGUGUUUGAAAGCCCGUCAACAAGUGGGUAUGGAAUCUUUUCUGACGAACUACAGAAAUUAGAAAUUAGUUACAGACAAAAGGAACACAGCAAAAUUACCCAUAAAUGGCGUUGUAGCAAACGCGGAGUUUGGGGCUCCUGGUUGUGGCUGUUCUCUCACCACGACAGUGAUUCUACUCUAUCGGGAAGCACUACCGCCCAUUUAACAAAGAAACGUGCCGCACUAGCAGGCCGUUACGGUCGCAAACUCGUGGUUGGAAAUCCCAGCUACUGGGCCAAGUCGCGAGCGUCACGUCAUCCCGACCGCUCCCGUGACUUCUAUUCAAGAUCCGAGUAUUUGUGCAGAUGGCGCGAUAAAUCCUGCCAGCCCGACCAGGAACCGCGCCCUCCGCUUCUGCCACAUAACCCGUACGUGUUAAGUGAUUCGACCCCGGAAACGCGAACCCUUUACAAAUUGGUGUCAGAAGCGGGAUACUGCACAAAAUCGUUGUGUAAGAAAUUGCGCAAAAUAAUAAAAUCAACACGGAGGAUCGACAAAAAUCCAACCCGUCGCGAACAUAGUGUAGUACCAGUGUUAAAAGUAAAAGCUAAUCCGGAAAGUGAAUUAUACGCAAAUAACACGCGGUUUCAUUUUAUCAGUUCAUUUAGGUCGCUCUCAUCGAGAUCCACAUCGGAGGAAGGAAUGAAGAUUCUUUUUCUCAUUUUGUGCAUCACACCAGUGAUUGCAACCUAUCAGGUCUUGAACAUCAAUUCAUCGUCUGGGAUUUUCUUUGAAAAUUUAGGACCGGCAAGCUUUUUCUCCGAAACUUGGAAUUUAGUAGUCCAUUUCAACGUCUCCACGGUCUUAGAAAAAUUUAAUUUUGUUAAUAAUACGUUCCAUUCAACCCAGAACAUAUGUUUAAUCGUUCCUUUUCAUCUUGAAAAAACUUUAUGUAAGCAAUCCUUAUCACUUAUUCAACAUGAUAUCAACCAUAUUCACGUCAAAUAUUCAUCUUUCAGUGAGCUAAUUGGUCAUAAAUCUCGCAAAAAGCGGGGAAUCAUAAAUGGCGUCGGCAGUGUUCUUAAAACAUUAUUUGGUACCAUGGACGAUGCAGAUGCUGAAUAUUAUACUGAUGCAAUAAACAAAGUUAUUUCAAACAAUGCUCAUAUUAAAGAUUUAUUAGAAAAACAAACACAAAUUGUUCAAGAAAGCCUCACUACUUUUAAUAAAACUUUCACUAACUUUGAGAGAUAUAAGCAAAAACUAAACGAAAAUAUUGCAGUUUUUAAUAAUUUUACAAACUUUAUUGAGAAUUUUACAGAUGGCAUUAAAGUAAGUCAACUAGUCACAGAGCAUAUGACGUUGUUAUUACAAUUAACGCAUUCACUUGAUAAAGAUUUUGACAAUUUAAUAUCCGUUGUCUUAUUUGCUCAAAGGAAUCAAGUACAUCCAUUUAUUAUCACUCCUGAACAAUUUCUUAGAGAAUUAAAGAGCACACUUUCUUAUGUCCCCAGUUCAAAAAAAUAUCCUUUACCCUUAAUAUCUGGAAAUGCUCACGAUCUUCUAAAACUUACUGAAUUAAAACUAUUUUACUCCCAUUCGGAAUUAAUCUAUAUUAUUUCAGUUCCAUUAGUUAUGGAUAUCACCUUUACUAUAUACCAUUUAAUCCCUUUGCCAGUACCACACGACAAAGACCACGACAGUAACACAACCUAUGUUUUUAUCCAACCGCAAAAUAAAUAUAUUGCGAUGUCGAAUAACAGGUUACAAUAUUUGGUAAUGUCGGAUCUAGAAUUUUGCAAAAUCAUCACCGGUAAUGUUAGGAUUUGUAAACAAAAUAACAUUCUUUAUCAAACUCAUAAUCAUCCCAUGUGCGAAACUCAGUUAAUGUUAAACACUAGAACCAUUCCAAAAUCUUGUAUUAUCCAUCUCAUUAGAGGUAAUAUUAACACUUGGUAUAAGCUACAGCAUUUAAAUAAAUGGUUAUUUGUGUUAUCAGAAGAACAAACUUUGAAUAUAGUAUGUAAUGAUGAUAUACGAAAUCUAAACAUAAAGUUAUUAGGCAUUGGAAUUUUCUCAUUAGAUAAUAAUUCAUGUAAAGCGUAUAGUAAAUCGGUAACCCUUGUACCAUCAAAAGCAUUUAUUUCCGAAUGUGAAUCAUUUUCACCUAGUUUAAGUUUAUUAAAUGAUACAUGUUGUACUUCCCAACGAAUUAAAAAUGCUAUUGACAGAUACCCUAUUAAGGAAUUUCACACUGAAAAUGUUAAUCUCGAUGUAAUCAACUCUUUGUCUCAUCGUUUAGAUGUUGUACAUAAGGAAAUUAUUAGUUCUCAAAUAUCUCCGCACCUCAUUCAUCAUUCUUGGUUCACACAAAUCAUAACGUACUUAAUUUGUGUAAUAAUUUGUUGCUACAUCUUUGUAAAAUGUUAUCAGAAACGAAGUUUUCUUUGUAAAUACAUAAUGUGUAUGCGCAAAAAUAAUGCAGGUCGAGACGUGUGUUUAAACGUCUUAAAUCAGCCGAUGACUGCUCCAGCAACAUCUCCAACCCCAGUAGCUGCAACUGCUACAACUACAACUACAUCAACACCAAUGAUGGUUGUUCCACAACCGUCAUCAACAAGUGCUAGUGCUAGUGCGCGCGUUAAUCAAAGUGAUUUUGUGCAACUUGGUGCAAAUCUUCGAGCGCAUUUUAAUUGAGCUUGUUACCUUUCUCUAAGGGGGGAGGGAAUGUUAUGUACACUGCAUCAACAUUAUUUCUAAUAGUAGUUCUAUACACAUUAGCAUUUAUCUUUUGUUAAACUAAUUAGUAAUUAUGGGAAACUUUUGAACAUCAUGUGAUGAUUUCAACCCUUGGACAUCAUGUGAUGAUCCAGUACACUAGACCCUAAUAUUUGUACUGAUAGCAACCGUUAUAUAUAUAUAUCCCCAAACUCAUUGUAAGAACACAACAGAACAAUAUUAAUAAUAGAACUGU